AUGUCCAAGUCCGAUAGCAAACCCCUGCGGCGAGAUCUCUCCGUCGAAGAAACUCGCGCGGAGCUCCAGCGCCAUUUCGCCAACCACAAAGGCUCCAACUACGCCGACGGCUGGGCCGCACUAUGGGCCAAAGGCGAUUUCCUGCCGUGGGACCGCCUGGCGCCCUCCCCGGCACUGGCAGAUACGCUGAUCAACCAUGCCGAUGUAGUCGGCCACGCCAUCGUCGAUCACGACGGCGAGACGCUGCGGAAGCACGCAUUAGUACCGGGCUGCGGAAGGGGGGUCGAUGUGCUGCUGCUGCAAAGCUUCGGCUACGAUGUCGUGGGUCUAGAGUACAGCCCGGACGCGAUCAAGGCGUGCGAGGACUUUGCAAAGGAACAUGCGGAAGACUACCCCGUACACGACGAGAAGAUAGGCAAAGGAAGCAUCAGGUUUGUGCAGGGAGAUUUUUAUGCUGGCGACUGGUUGGAAAAAACGGGGUUCGAGAAGGAUGCGAAGUUCGACCUGAUCUAUGACUACACUUUCUUUUGCGCAAUGGAGCCCAGACUGAGACCUGCCUGGGCGAAGAGGAUGUCGGAACUGCUUCGACACUCUCCCCAAGCCAAUUUGAUAUGUCUGGAGUUUCCCACCAAUAAACCUGCCGCAGCCGGUGGUCCCCCAUUCGCCUCUCCCCCGAAGGCGUAUAUGGAACACUUGAGUCAUCCCGGCCAAGAGGUCAAAUAUGAUGCCGAGGGCAAUGUCAGGAUAAACCCCCUGGCUCCGUCCAGUCCCGGUGCACUUGAGAGAGUCGGACACUGGCAUCCCGCAGAUACGCAUACGAUUGGCAAAAACGCCGAUGGCAAAGUCGAGGACUACAUAGCCAUCUGGAGGCAUCACUGA